UUCACUCGAGCGUAACAGUUGGCUAUUUUAAUACAAAAUGCAUAGGAUAAUCAAACCCGGAAAAUUUGCCAGGAUAUUUGCGAAAAGCCAAAGAAUUCAUCACUGCCGUCUGUGUUCCUCAGUACAAAAUGCUGUGAAGAAGUACAAAGAUGGAGAUAAAAUCCAUGGUUAUACAGUCAAAAAGGUUGUUGAGGUUCCCGAGUUAAUGCUAACCAGUGUUGUACUUCACCAUGAUAAAACAGGAGCAGAACAUUUACAUGUGGCCAGGGAUGAUAGCAAUAACGCUUUUAGUGUUAUGUUCAGAACAACACCUAUGGAUAGUACAGGUGUGCCACAUAUACUGGAACACACCACACUGUGUGGAUCAAGGAGGUUUCCUGUCCGAGAUCCUUUCUUUAAAAUGCUUAACAGAUCCUUAUCUACAUUUAUGAAUGCUAUGACAGCUAGCGAUUGGACAAUGUAUCCAUACUCCUCACAGAACCAAAAAGAUUUUGAGAAUCUGCUGUCAGUUUAUUUGGAUGCAGUGUUCUUUCCACAACUUAGAGAACUUGAUUUCAGUCAAGAAGGUUGGAGAUUAGAAAAUGAGAACCCUGAAGACAAGUCUUCACCACUGAUGUUUAAAGGAGUUGUUUAUAAUGAAAUGAAAGGGGUAUUUUCAAAUAAAGAUAACAUCUAUUGCCAAGCAGUACAAAAUGAGCUAUUACCAAAUCAUACCUAUGGAGUCAUAUCUGGUGGUGAACCUUCUAAAAUAACAGAUCUUACAUGGGAACAUUUAAAGAACUUUCAUGCAUCACAUUAUCACCCUUCAAAUUCAAGGUUUUAUACAUAUGGAAAUUUUCCAUUAGAAAAACAUCUAGAGUACAUCAAUAAUAACUAUCUACAGAAAUUUAAUAAGAUUGAUAUUGAUACUAAAGUGCCUAACGAACCAAGAUGGACAGAAAUGAGAAGAAAACACAUAACCUGUCAGCCUGACCCAAUGGCACCUGAUCCAGAAAAACAGACAACAGUGUCAGUCAGUUACUUAUUAACAGAUAUCUCUGAAACAUUUGAAUCCUUUACAUUGAGUAUUAUUGGAGCUUUACUGAUGGAUGGAGAAACUUCACCAUUUUAUCAGUCAUUACUGGUACCUAAAAUUGGUUCUGAUUAUGCACCCAUGACAGGUUACCAUGGGGAUACCAAAGAUUCAGCAUUCUCAGUUGGUCUUCAAGGAAUCAGUUCUAAUGAUGUGGAAAAAGUCACCCAGAUUAUUUCUGAUACGUUUGAUAAAGUUGUAAGUGAAGGAUUUGAACAGAAAAGAAUCGAUGCCUUGUUGCAUCAGAUAGAACUUGGAUUGAAACAUCAGAGCAGUAAUUUUGGUGUGAAAUUAACUUUAGCAAUAAGUCAUAAUUGGAACCAUGACACAGAUCCAGUAGAAAGUUUACAAAUAAAUAAAUAUGUAGAACAGUUCAGACAGAAAUUACAAGAUGAUCCACAGUUUCUACAGAAUAAAGUUAAACAGUAUUUCAAGAAUAAUAAGCAUUGCUUGUUGUCAACAAUGAGUCCUGACGAAAAAUUUGAAGAGAAAAGGAAAGAGGAAGAAUCAACAAGAUUACAAAAAAUGGUGGAGAAAUUAACAGAUGAAGAUAAGGAACAAAUUUACAAAAAAGGUCAAACACUCCUACAACAACAGAUGGAUAAAGAAGAUUUGAGUUGUCUUCCAACACUUCACAUAAAUGAAAUUGACAGAAAAAUUAUAGAGGAAAAAGCAGCUACAGUCACAUCAGGGAAAGUACCAGUACAGCUAUGUGUCCAACCUACCAAUGGUAUUACUUAUUUACAUAUGAUGUCAAACAUGAGUGAUGUACCAUCAGAUCUUAAGCCAUAUGUACCCUUGUUCUGUGAUGUCAUAACAAAAAUGGGAGCUGGUUCAAUGGAUUACAAAGAAUUAUCUCAGCAGAUAGAGCUAACCACAAGUGGUCUGGAAGCUGGUACCCAUGUCAAUCAACAUCACAGUGAUAAUUACAGUUAUGAACAGGGUGUAGAAUUUUCAUCUUACUGUUUGGACAGGAACGUUGAUAAAAUGUUAGAUCUCUGGACCAAUAUAUUUUGCAGUCCAAACUUGAAAGAUGAAGGACGUCUAAUGACCUUAGUAAUGAUGGAAGCAGCUAACCUUUCCUCCUCAAUAUCAGGUCAAGGUCAUUCAUAUGCUAUGACACACUGUAGUUCUCGUAUGAAUGCUGCUGCCCAGCUAAAGGAAGUACUAGGAGGAAUGGCUCAGGUUUCCACUAUGAAGACCUUAGCAGAAACUGAUGAAAGUGCAGUCAUCACAAUUGUAGAAAAACUUCAGAAAAUUGGUCAAUUUUUACUGAACAAAAAUAAUAUUAGGUUUGCAAUCAACAGUACAUCAGAACAAAUGUCUUCUAAUCAGAAUAAAGUGGAAACAUUCAUUGAAGGAAUACCAGGGGAUAUAAAGUCUACAGAAAAAUAUACACAGCAUGGUUAUUUUGAACCAGAAUUAGUAAAGACACAGUUUGAACUUCCAUUCUCUGUAAAUUACAUGAGUAAAGCAGUAGAAACAGUACCAUACACGCAUGAAGAUUUUCCUAUAUUGAGAGUUUUAUCCAGAAUGAUGUCAGCUAAAUAUUUACACAGAGAAAUCAGAGAGAAAGGUGGGGCAUAUGGAAGCGGUGCUGUUUGUGGUUCAGGAGUUUUUAGUUUCUACUCAUACAGGGAUCCAAACUCCAGUAAAACAUUACAAGUGUUUGACGAGGCAGUAAAGUGGGUUGUUGAAGACAAGUUUGUACCAGAGGAUGUUGAUGAAGCAAAAUUAUCAGUUUUCCAACAGACUGACAAGCCUAUAACUCCAGGUUCAGCUGGUAUGACAUUAUUUUUGUCAGGAAUUACAGAUGAGAUGAGACAGACUAUGAGAGACAGAUUAUUCCAAGUAUCAAAACAGGAUGUUAUAAAUGUAACCAAAAAGUACCUGACAGGAGACAGACCAGCGGCUGUGUCAUUUAUAGGACCAGAAAACUCUACAGUAAAGACAGAUAAUACAUGGAAAGUUAUCAAAGGAUGAUUGUCAUUGAGUUGUAAUCACCCUCUGUUUACUGGAAAUUUGUUUGACAAUGUAGAGCUUACUUGAACAUACUUUUGUGCUUUGCAUUGAAUAC